CGGAUGGGAAGCGGUGGCGGCGGGCGCGCGCGGCGUGAGGGCGGCGGGCGGCGGCCUGCGGAUGCAAGUAUGGACAUAAUAGCCUAUGAUGAUUUCUUCAGUCCACCGCUUCAGAGAUAUUGAAAGGACACCUGAAUACCUCCAGCCAGAGAAGUGUGUUCCACCUCCCAGCCGCGCUUCCUUGGGAACAAUGUGGUUUAUUCGAGAUGGCUGUGGUAUCGCGUGUGCUGUUGUCACCUGGAUGCUGGUGUUCUACGCUGACUUUGUAGUCCUUCUUGUCAUGCUAGUUCCCUCAAGAGAUUACGUUUAUAGCGUCAUCAAUGGCACGGUGUUCAACACCUUGGCGUUCCUCGCUUUGGCUUCACAUUUUCGUGCUAUGCUGACAGAUCCAGGUGCUGUGCCCAAAGGUAACGCAACAAAAGAGUUCAUUGAGAGUUUACAGCUAAAGCCAGGACAGGUGGUUUACAAGUGCCCAAAAUGUUGUAGCAUCAAACCUGACAGAGCACAUCACUGCAGCGUUUGCAAGAGGUGUAUCCGAAAAAUGGACCAUCACUGCCCAUGGGUCAAUAACUGUGUAGGAGAGAAUAACCAGAAGUACUUUGUACUGUUUACAAUGUAUAUAGCACUGAUUUCCCUGCAUGCUCUAAUUAUGGUGGGAUUUCACUUCUUGUAUUGCUUUGAAGAAGACUGGACAAAAUGCAGCUCCUUCUCUCCACCAACCACAGUGAUCCUUCUCAUCCUCUUGUGUUUUGAGGCUCUCCUCUUUCUCAUCUUCACCUCAGUUAUGUUUGGGACCCAAGUACACUCCAUCUGCACUGACGAAACGGGAAUAGAACAAUUGAAAAAGGAAGAGAGAAGAUGGGCUAAAAAAACAAAAUGGAUGAACAUGAAAGCAGUAUUUGGCCAUCCGUUCUCUAUAGCAUGGCUUAGCCCAUUCGCAACACCAGACCAAGGAAAAGCAGACCCAUACCAGUAUGUGGUCUGAGGAAUUCUUGACCAGCAUUUCCACUAAGAUAGAAACAUAUUGCAGCACUACUGUUUAAAUUUUCCAUGAAUGUUUAAAACGAAAAGCAAGACAAACUUUUUUUUUUAUGUCUAAUGAAUGGCUGAUAAUUGCAGAGAAAAAAAAAGCCCUGUAUUCCACAAUUUCAGAUAAUUCUAUAUCUCUGGCUGAAACUGCUGCUGUUGCUUUUUCUUUCUUUCUUCUUCUUUUUUUUUUUAAUCUUGUUAACUUUACUGGCCUUUGUUUCUCUCUGCUUUCUGUAUGGCAUAACUAACCGUGAAGGGAAUUUUCCUUCUCCGUUGUGACCCACCUCUUCUGAGUAGAUUUUCGUGCUGUCUCCUGACUGUGAUGAGCUCUGUGGAAGACAUGUGAGUGCCAAGUCCUACACAGACACCUUUGGGCUUCCUGAAGGAGCGCGUCGCUCUUUCAGAAGUGAACUUGAACUGGGAAGUAGACGCUUCACUUUAUCAAAAGGCGCAAGACGAGAACGUGACACAGCAAGAGAGCCAGUUGACCUGGUGGUUGCACGCAGUUCAAGUGUUUAAAGCAAACAUUGCCAAGACCGCUUCCCCCUCGUUUUUCCUUCCAGCUACAGAAUUGAUUCCAUCUUUCUGGCAUUACUUUGUCUGUUCCCUCCCUCGUGCGUGGGAAAUCAUUGCCAUCUUAGGGUGACUGUGGCAGAUUUAGAGGACUUUGCGGAUUUUUUUAAAUGCCUUACGUCUGCAGAAAAGAAAGAAAAAGAAUCCGAUUUUCAAAUGCUUAGUAUAGCAGCAGCAGCAUGUUGGUGUGUGUUUGUCUUGGUAAAUGAGUUGUUGGAGCAAUGCCUGUUAAAUAGUGUUUAAAAACUGACGUGGAACGCCUAGAGGCAGAUGGAUGACUGUAAAGACUAACCUUGGUGGGAUGUGUCGGUAUGCCAGAGAGAUCGAUUCUGCAUUCUUAGCAUCACCCUGGUGUAGAGCUGUGUAAAUCUUUUAUCAUGUAUAUGCACACCUGUGCAUGUGUGCAAAUGCACAUGAUGCGUGUGUGUGUUAAAACCGGGAAAUGCUGAUGGUAAGGAGCAUGCGUACUGUUAUGGACUGUGUGGUGAUGAAAGGGGGGGGGGCAGAAGGCAUUCCAGAAACAGGUAAGGCCAAGCCAUUCAGAACCAUGACUGAUCCCUUGUGUUCAGGCAGGAAUUUUGCUAUAUUUUUGGAUCAUUACUGCAGUAGACCUAGCAGGAAAACUGCGAACAAAGGAAACAAAUCCAAAUCAGCUGUGUCCAGGAAUUCCAAGGAAUCUUUUCUUUCCUUGGUUUAAACAAAAGCCGUAUUUUUUGGAAGAUGACGUGUUUAGACUGCUUCAAAGCCAUGGGGGGAUGGAGGGAAAUCAGGGAAGGAGAAGUUCAGUGGAUGUCUCAUUUCGGAAGUAAUGUGAAUGCUGCAUCUUUUCAAUCUGUCAAUGCUUCCAUAUGGAAAACAAAUGCAAUAAAACUUUUCCAAAAAAAA